GUGUCCGAGAAUCCCUGUGAUCUGGCACACUCUCUGACACUGACCACUCUAGUUUGUUCAGGAUGUAAAACUCGACCCUGCGGUACAGAGAAAAGUGUUCCGCACUUUACUCGUCAGAUGCGGACAUCGCGGACCAUAGAAUUCUAUGAGGUUAGCUAUCUUCGCUAUGACAAGUAAAACGAGGAGUAAUACCGGCUAGAUUUAAAUUAAACAGCCUGGAAAAAUGACUGCAGAAAACGUAGAGGUGUACACGUCUUACUUAAAGAGAUGCAAAGAUGCUGGAAAACUGCUUGCUGGAUUUUCUGAAAUGCUAACGAUGUUAAAGGCUGAAGUCUCGACCAGUGGUCUUCCCGACGACCAGAUUCAGCUCUUGAUUUACAUCAUCACUAAAAUCACUAUGGGUAGUACACAUCGUGCAGCUUUGAUCAAAUGUUUGAUCCCUAUCCAUAGAAUGACCGAAAAGAUUGUCCAAGACCUUGGGUUAUGGUUUAUAUCGACGUCAAAGAACAUCCCAGUUCUACCGGGUAUAGCUGUACUUCAAUGGUUUACUGGUCUAUUGAAUUAUGGGCUUGUCGAAGCUGUGACUAUCAACGCUUUCUAUGAUGCCUUUUUUUUCAUCCUCGUGAAGAAUACAAAAUUUGAACCCUUCGUUGCUCAACUAAUCUAUGUUUUAACUAAGCCUGAAGACGUCACCCGCAGGCAGGUGUCGAGAAUUCUUAAACUGCAAUCGCAGUACGCAAAACCCAGGAAACAUCUGACUGCUUUGUUGUCAUUGUUCAAGUCUUACAAACCAGAACAUGUGCCCGAGAAGAUUCCAGCGACAAAUGUCGAAAGUGCUUGGAAGCGACUUCCAGAAUCUCUGAGACUUGACCUUCAGGAUGCUGCCAAGAGGUGUGACGCAAGUCACUUGGCAGCGUGGCAACCUGACUUAGUGUGGAAUCCGAUAUCAAGUGGCGCGCAAUCAAGGAAACAGCGAAAGAUGCCCAUCCCAACUGUUAGCUACAUCAAUAUUGGCUCGAGUAUUUCAAAGGAACCGGAUGCGAAGUCAAUUUUCGAAAUUAGAACACUGGAUGAACUUGGAAAGCAUCAGCUAAGCUUGGAACUACCGUGCAACGCGCUGUCGCUGUUAGCCAACAACGCAGGCUUACAUAUUCUGACGUUUGCAUCAUCUGACUAUCAGAGUAGAUUCUGUUACAACCUGUACAACACCCUACAAAAUGCCUUUAUAUACGAAGUUGGAAAGUUUUCUUACCAAGACCGUGAACGACUACUUUUUAUGACCGCUCAACUGUCGCGAUAUAUGCAGCAGGAAAUCAUUCUUGUCUCACGAUUCCUAAAAAAUUACCUGCCAUUUUGGAAUACGAGGGACCACCGAGACAGCAUUUUCGCACUAAUCCAGUGGAUCACAAUCUCAUCGUUUACUGACGUACACAGGAACAUCCUUUUGCCCCUUCAAACAAUGUGGGAGUCUUCGUCGAUCAACGUUAAGUGCGAGAUCCUCAUGACUCUGAGAUCAAUGGUGACGAAUCUUUUCAUGAAAAAUGAAUUCAAAGAUAGAGAUCUUGGACAAGCUCCACUUUUCCUAGAAACAGAUGCGCAAAGUCUAGACAUUGCGGACGUUAUAGAUCCGCUGAUGAAAUUCACGAGUGAUCUAAUUGUUUCGGGUCUAUACAGCGAACCAAACAAUGGUAUCUUGGUCUCCGAGGCAUUAAUUUUUUACCAGCAUGUGUCUGAGCUUGAGAAACGCAGUGACCUACCAUGCUGGACUAUCUCACCAUCAGUCGUUAUUUACAGUGGACUUGUCAGUCGGAGCAUGGCCAUUUUGUCAGGAGUGUGCGCUUUGUUGUUAAGGUACCGUGGUAUCAACGCAAAACUCCGAGAACUCAACCGUCGCGAUCUUUUUGAAACAAAAAUCAAAAUAAUCGACACAUACGCCACUGACAUAGCAAAGAGUCUGUUGUACAAUGAGGCAUUUUGUGAAUCUGAGGACCGAUGUUUUCUGAGGGGAAUCCCUGAACCUCUACUGCUCGACUUCAGAAGUUCGUGUGCGUUUGACACAGCACUCAACAUUAGCAAUCAUUUCGCCAUUUUGCCCUACAAAUUUUCACUAAUCGAUAUGGGACUGGAAAUUGUAACAACAGAGGAUUGUAUCAGCGUUGCUGAAACAUAUUAUCCAGAAGUGGCUAAAUUUCUCCAGAUCAUCAGUGAAUAGCUCGUAGCAAUAAAUUCAUUCAACUUAAAAUACUUACUUAUAAGUUGGCAUAAUCAGGAGGCAAUAUAAUACCCUCAAACUUAUCAGAGUUGAGGGAGUUUGUACACACAGUUGGAUUCCAGAAAUAGAUUUUAUUUAUUUCAAUAUUUUAUUUUAAUUAUCUCGUUCUAUCACACAACAGAGAUCAGUGAAGACGAUUGACCAGCAUCGUGGAUUUCAUUGGAAUUCUCAACUCCUCAUUUUGUUAAGUGCCCGCAGGCGAAAUAAAAAUUAAUCAACAAAAUAA